AUGGUAAAAAUGAAAACAUGUAUUAUGUGUCCUGUAUCUUCUGUGCUUGCAGGAUGUGUCCCUGAGUGGUUACAAGGGACAUUGCUGCGCAAUGGUCCUGGUCUUUUUAAAGUGGGAGACACUGAAUACAACCACUGGUUUGAUGGCAUGGCCUUAAUUCAUAGUUUCACCUUCAAAGAUGGUGAGACACAUGAUACAUUUCCACAAAUGGUAAACACUUUCCUAACUGGCUGAAUAGGGCUGAGAAUCUUUGUGUUUUACAGGUGAUGUGUACUACAGGAGUAAAUUCCUGAGGAGUGACACCUUCAAGAAGAACAUUCAGGCAAACAAGAUUGUUGUGUCAGAAUUUGGGACCAUGAUAUGUCCUGAUCCCUGCAAAAACAUAUUUUCAAAGUAAUUCAUAGAUUUUUUGAACAUGAUUUGUAGUUUAUUUGUUCUUGUUUUUACAUUUCCCUUACAUGGAUAUCCACACAAAAUAUAUAUUGACAAACAUAACCAAAAACACAUUAUGUAAUAAUACAUUAUGUAUCUUGUCCUUUUUUCAGAGCCUUCUCCUACCUUCUCGCUGCCAUCCCUGACUUCACAGAUAACAACCUGAUAAAUAUCAUUAGAUAUGGUGAGGACUACUAUGCCUCAUCAGAAGUCAACUACAUGAAUCAAAUUGACCCAAUGACCCUGGACGUAAUUGGAAAGGUAAAUUCAAAUCUCUUGAAAUGAUCACUGUUCAUGUAAUCUAUUAUCAAUGGCUUUAAUAUAUUCUCCCUUUGCCUGUCCUGUAAACUCAACCUCAGAUGAACUACAGGAAUCACAUUGCUCUGAACCUGGCGACAGCACACCCUCACUACGACGAUGAGGGAAACACCUAUAACAUGGGAACUGCCCUCAUGAGGUUUGGCAUGCCAAAGUAUGUCAUCUUCAAGGUUCCAGUCAAUGCAUCAGGUAUCGGAAAAUUGUCAUUUUGGGGGUUCCUGGCUACAUACAUGUUAGGGAAAAAACCUUCAUGAAUGAUUACACAUUUAUGUGUUCACAGGACAAUGUUCUUUCCCUCUCCAGAUAAGGAGCAUAAGAAGCCUGCCCUGCAGAAGGUGAAACAGGUCUGCAAUAUACCGUUUCGCUCCACCCUCUUCCCCAGCUACUUCCACAGCUUCGGCAUGACAGAGAACUACAUCAUCUUUGUCGAGCAGCCAUUCAAACUGGACAUCCUCAGACUGGCCACAGCUGUCUUUAGAAGCGUAAACUGGGCCAGCUGCCUCAAAUACGACAAAGGGGACAUUGUAAGCUACUCUUGUCUGAUCACAGCCUCAUGGAAAGUUCCUUUUUAUCUUCAACUCACUUUGGCAAUCAUGCUUCUUACAUUCUCUCUGGUGAUCCCCUGGGCCGUCCUUUAGACGCUGAUCCACCUGGUCGACAAGAAGACUGGGAAGGCUGUGUCCACCAAGUUCUACACAGAUGCCCUGGUGGUUUUCCACCACAUCAACGCCUACGAGGACGACGAACAUGUAGUGUUUGACAUGAUCACCUACAAAGACAGCAAUCUGUAUGAAAUAUUCUACUUAGCGAACCUGAGAAAGGAAACCCAUGAAUUCAUUGAGAGCAACAUGGUCAACUUCUCCCCACCAAUCUGCCAGAGAUUUGUCUUGCCUCUCACUCUUGACAAGGUAUAUACAGAUAGAUGA